UAAAAAAAUACAUCAAUUGUUUAAAAAAAUAUAUUAGAAAGGUUUUUUAAUAAUCGUCCGAAAUAUGUCUAUUCAACACAAAUAAUCUAAAAAGCGGUGUAGAUAUAAAGACAUAAAUAAUUGUCAUGUCCAUCAUUAAGUGGAACUUACAAAAAUAAAAUCAAAUCAGAAGAGAAUCUUAAAGAACAUCGGUCAUGUAUAAAUGUGCUGUAAAAAUAUUGUGAAUAAUAGUUUUUUAGCUCUCUGGCUAAGUUUACUUUUAUUAUCAUGUGCUCUCAACUAUUUUUGACAUCUGACUUUUAUAAAAGUUUAAAUUAUAAAAAUAGCGCUAAAAUCAUAAAAAAUACAAAACUACACUUUAACUAUUAUAAGCAUGAAAAUACAGUUAAGACGAAGAGAAAAUGCAUCCAGAAAUCUCGGAUUUCUUUAUCAGUAAAAUCAUUUUUGUUGGCAUUACUAGGAGUACUGAAUUUUGCGAAUGCGACAUAUGAUUAUGUAAAUAAAACUACGUACGAAGAUAUUGUAAAUUACAACCCUAGACUUAAAGACACUGCACCAAUUUAUCAAAAUGAGUUUGCUGUGUACAUUCCUAAAGGCCAAACUACUGCUGAUGCCAUUGCGAACAAAUAUGGGUUCGAAAACAUGGGACAGAUCGGUAGUUUAAGCAAUUACUACUUAUUUCACCAUAAAAGGAUAAGUAAACGAUCGAUUUCCAUGAGUGAUGAACAUCAUACUUUGCUUAAUUCGGAACCAGAGGUGAGAUGGUUUCAACAGCAACACUCAAAAGUUAGAGUUAAACGUGACUACACAGCUGACCCUAAAUUUCCAUUUAUUUUGACUGAUCAUGAAAACCCAUCUAACAUUCCUAUAACAAGUAAUUUACACACCCGAGAAACGGCUGCACACAAUAUUUUUCCAGAUCCUCUUUUUAAAGAGCAGUGGUAUUUGAAUGGAGGAGCUAAAGAUGGAUUAGAUAUGAAUGUGGGGCCUGCUUACCAAAAAGGAUAUACAGGAAAAGGAGUCGUUGUGUCCAUUCUAGACGACGGAAUUCAACGAAAUCAUCCCGAUUUAUAUCAAAACUACGAUCCCGAUGCGUCAUUUGACAUAAACGGAAAUGAUUCGGACCCUAUGCCGCGAGAUAAUGGCGAUAACAAGCAUGGAACCCGAUGUGCUGGAGAAGUGGCUGCAGUGGCAUUUAAUAGUUAUUGCGGUGUAGGAGUUGCUUAUAAUGCAAGCAUCGGAGGAGUUCGAAUGCUAGACGGGACAGUGAAUGAUGCUGUUGAAGCAAAAGCAUUAGGCUUGAAUCCUGAUCACAUUGACAUUUACAGUGCAUCGUGGGGACCUGAAGAUGAUGGGUCAACAGUCGAUGGUCCUGGACCGCUUGCCAGAAGAGCAUUCAUUUUCGGGGUUACCAGCGGAAGACAGGGCAAAGGUUCAAUUUUUAUUUGGGCGUCUGGAAAUGGUGGAAGAUACACUGAUUCGUGCAAUUGUGAUGGAUAUACAAACUCCAUCUUUACGUUAUCCAUUUCAAGUGCUACACAAGGAGGAUACAAACCAUGGUAUCUAGAAGAAUGCUCAUCUACACUCGCUACAACAUAUAGCUCUGGAACUCCUGGACACGAUAAAAGCGUCGCAACUGUUGAUAUGGACGGCUUACUCAGACCAGAUAGGAUUUGUACUGUUGAACAUACUGGAACAUCGGCCUCCGCUCCUCUGGCAGCCGGAAUAUCCGCUUUGGCGUUGGAAGCGAAUCCGAACUUGACAUGGAGAGACAUGCAGUAUUUAGUUGUUUUAUCGUCGAGAUCAGAACCACUUGAACGUGAAGGCGGCUGGAUAUUGAACGGAGUGAAACGCAAAGUGAGCCACAAAUUCGGUUAUGGCUUAAUGGAUGCGGGUGCAAUGGUAGAUUUGGCUGAGAAAUGGGGAACAGUUCCUGCCCAACAUAUAUGCAAAUCUAGAGAAAUAAAUGAGGACCGCCCCAUAGAAGGAUCGGUAGGCUAUACACUACAAGUGCACAUGGAUGUCAAUGGGUGCUCCGGUACCGUCAAUGAGGUCCGGUAUUUGGAACAUGUGCAGUGUAAAAUUACUCUAAGAUUCUUCCCGAGAGGCAAUCUAAGGAUCUUACUUACAUCGCCAAUGGGUACAACGAGUACUCUUUUGUUCGAAAGGCCCAGAGAUGUUGUCAAGUCCAAUUUUGAUGACUGGCCUUUCUUGAGUGUACAUUUCUGGGGUGAGAAAGCAGAAGGCAGAUGGACGUUACAAAUAAUAAAUGGUGGUAGACGUCGUGUAAAUCAACCAGGGAUACUGACAAAAUGGCAACUUAUAUUUUAUGGGACACAAUCAAAUCCGAUUCGGUUGAAGUAUGACACGAAUCGAUAUUCUGGUUUUCCCGGUGCCACAAAUGGAAAUAAUUUUGUACCACCUUCCACACAAACAGACGUUAAUCAGUCUCCAGCAGGUGGAAAUGCCUAUUAUGGCCAAGAACCUUUCAAUGGCUUUCUGAAUUAUAACAACUACCAGAAUUAUUACGUUGGGGCAUCCAGUAAUGUGGAUAACGUAGUCGCAGAGGGACCUAACGUUCCAAAUCUACAGCGUGACAAUGUGAUAGCUGAACAAAAUAACCGACUAACAAUUUCGCACGACUGUGACCCAGAAUGUGAUAAUCAAGGUUGCUACGGUCAUGGUCCUACACAGUGUGUCGCAUGUAAACAUUAUCGCUUAGACAAUACUUGUGUAAGUCGUUGUCCUCCACGAAGUUUUCCCAAUCAGGGAGCUGUUUGUUGGCCAUGUCAUGAAUCAUGUGAAACCUGUGCAGGAGCUGGACAGGAUAGCUGUUUAACUUGUGCACCAGCACAUUUAUAUGUGGUUGACCUUGCAGUUUGUCUUCAAAUCUGUCCUGAUGGUUAUUUUGAAAAUUUUGACAACAAAACUUGUGUUCCGUGUGAAUCAAAUUGUGCAUCUUGUCAAGAUAAACCAGAUUACUGUAUGAGUUGCGAGCAUCAUUUAGUCAUGUUUAAUCACAGAUGCUAUUCUUCAUGUCCACAAGGAACUUAUGAAACCGAAGAUUAUGGAUGUGCUGAGUGUCAUUCUUCUUGUGCCACAUGUAAUGGAUCAUCUGAGAGUCAAUGCAUAUUGUGUAAAAACAACUUAUUCGCCUUGAACGGAAAAUGUCUUAGCAAAUGCCCAGACGGAUUUUAUGGCGACAAAAAAAGAAAAGAAUGUAUGCCGUGUUCCCUUGGUUGUGACAUUUGCGACUCUGCUGGAUGUAUCAAUUGCUCUCAAAAUUGGACGAAAGCAAAAAAGGGUAAAUGUGUCCUACGUUCCAGCAACAACUGUGAUGAAUCUGAAUAUUACGAUAAUGGUCAAUGUCAUUCAUGUCAUUCAACAUGCGAGACAUGCACUGGGCCUACAGAAAAUGAUUGUCUCACAUGCUCAUCCGAUCUCUUGUUACAACAUAAUAAAUGUAUCAAUGUUUGUGAUGAAGGAUACUUUGUAGAGGCCGGAAUUUGUGCAAAAUGUUUACACACAUGCACUCAAUGUGUUUCUAGAACCAACUGUACAGCUUGUGUAAAAGGAUUGCAAUUACAAAGCGGUGAAUGCAGAGGAACUUGUGCUGACGGAUAUUACAGUGAUAGAGGCCAAUGUUCCCGGUGCUAUUUAAGUUGUCAAACAUGCAGUGGUCCGCGAAGAGAUCAAUGUGUACAAUGCCCUUCAAACUGGCAAAUUGCUAGGGGCGAAUGUCACCCCGAGUGCCCUGAAGGAUUCUAUAAAUCUAGAUUUGGCUGUCAAAAAUGCCACCAUUAUUGUAAAGCAUGCGAUGGAGCUGGCCCACUGUCAUGUACAUCUUGUCCUCCACAUUUCAUGCUUGACGGUGGUCUUUGCAUGGAAUGUUUAGGUCAACAAUUCUAUGAUGCAUCAACGAAAUCUUGCAAACAGUGCCACGAGUCUUGCCGAUCUUGUAGUGGCCCUGGUCAAUAUUCUUGCUUAACGUGUGCUUACCCGCUACACUUUGAUAGAUUAAAUAAUCAGUGUGUGCCUUGUUGUCCAACGGAUACACUACCAGAAGAUCAAAGUUGUUGCCAUUGUGACAAAGAUACAGGGGGAUGUAUAAAUUCUUCACCAGCUGGAAAACGACGCAUUCCUAAUGGUGCUGAACAAAUGUUUGACACUGACUCGAAAAAUAAAAAAGGAUAUUAUUUUAUUUCUGACAACGAUGCUCAUUUUACGACGGGCCUAAUCCUAGGAGCAGGGUCAAUCCUACUUAGUAUAGCACUAAUAUUUUUAGUGUUUACAGUCAAGGGACGUAACCAACUAAAACAUUUUGGUAUAAAGUACAAUAAACUUGAUAUGCGAAAAAACUCCAAGAAAACAGAAUCUGCAGUUCCAGUAGAGUUAAAUCAAUUAAUAGAAAAUUAUGACGACAACAAAAGCGUAAGUGACGAUGAUGAAGUAACUUAUUAUGUUAAAACUUGAAUUAUUAUUAAAAACUUGACAUUAUUGUUGAUUCAUUGUACUUUAUUAUUAUUUUAAUAUAUAUAUAUAUAUAUAUAUAUGAAAUAUGACUGUGAGAUAAAUCAAGUUAUACAAAUUAUCAAAUAUGAUUAAAUGAAUCUCGUCUCCUGCAAUACUUUUUUUUUUGUUUUAAGUUGUUUUCUACCUAUAUAUGUAUAUGUAUAUGAAAUGAACAAAAUUUUAUAAUAUUUUAAAAUUAACGUGGUUU